AUGCUUUACAUAAAGCCACAAAUUUGCAAAAACAUCUUCUUCCCCAUUGAUGGUGUACUUUCCUUCGGCUUGAUGGUGAGUGAGGUUGCAGGACUCGUCGCCCGCGAGGGGACGAGUCGCCGAAGGGAGUUGCUGCGGAGGGAAGAUGGAAGUCAGGCCUGGGCUGACAAGGAGGGAUCACUUCUUCCCCAAGAGUGCCCAAAGGCAUGUGCUAAUAGGUGCUCGGAGACUCAUCACAAAAAGCCAUGUUUGUUCUUCUGCAACAAAUGUUGCAACAAAUGCCUUUGUGUUCCCUCAGGCACAUAUGGACAUAAGGACGAGUGUCCAUGCUACAACAACUGGAAAACCAAGAGAGGAACUCCCAAAUGCCCAUAA